GACCAGGCCAGGCAGGGAGUCGUAAAAUCCCUUUACGAUUUCCUGGUUUAGACGUAGAUCUACUAGUACUAGUAGUCUGGUAGUAGGUGUCGCACUUCACGAUCGAUCGUCCUUCGUCCAUUACUUUGUUUUCGUCUCUUUCAAGACUUUGUCCCUGGUCGCUUACAAUUAUUCUAUAGUGCCAGUGGUCGGCGGUACGCGAGUUGCUGGAAUGGCCGCUGAGGAGAAUGCGGUGUUCACCGCUUUGGGCUUGAACCAGGCUGAAGUGCCCUAUCUGGGUACAUUGGACGUGAAUGAAACAGAGGAUGAGUUGGGUCGAGGCUCAUUUGCUGUGGUGUACAAGUCUAAAUGGUGUGGAUUGAAGGUGGCCGCAAAGGCACUUCAUUCUAUCCUGAUUGAUGGAAGAAACCAAGGACGCGACGUCGUACUGCAUGAUUUUGGAGAAGAGAUUGCACGCAUGGCACGUCUUCGCCACCCGCAUCUGUGUCCUAUUUUCGGCGUGGGCAUGGUCGGAACAACUCCAGCCAUCGUGGUGGAAUUGAUGUCCGACACACUGGAAACAAUGAGCGUUGGUGCACGCAGACAGGACUUGCUUCAGCUGAUGCGCUACAUCGAACACACUGCUGCUGGUCUUCGCUACUUGCACUCCAUCCCGAUGGUGCAUCGCGACAUGAAGCCAAGCAAUGUCCUCGUUGCCAAUGGUGUGGCCAAAAUCACGGAUUUCGGCGUCUCCAAGCUACUGCCUAGCGUUGCCGAUCAGUUCCGUGAAGCCGCUCAGUCCAUGACCCGACAGCCUGGUACACAUUUAUUCAUGCCGCCAGAGGCGUUGCAAGAGACGGAAUCUGGCCGAGCAAGGUACGAUCUUUCGCUUGACGUCUUUUCGUUCGGAGUGACGGCAAUGAGCGUGCUGAGCGGUGUGAUGCCCUCCAUUGAGCUCAUGUUCGCAGCAAGAUCGCGCCAGGCAGCUGACGGCAGCCUCGUUGCUAUACCUGAGCUGGAGCGGCGACGCGCGGAGUUUGCUCGCAUCCCUGACGGCCACCCGCUGAAGGACCUGCUGAGACGCUGUCUUGCUGACCCACCGGCCCGUCGACCAGAUGCAGAGGAGAUUCACGAAUUCGUCCAGGGUGUUGUUCAGUUCUUGUCCUCAUUGCCGCAGACUGCAUCUCCACUGGAAGAAUCUAUGGGUGCUUCUGCAGGCCUCGUUACCACUAUACUCGACACUGUGAGGAGUGUGUCAACUGCCGUACGGGAUCUCUCCACAUCUCAUCAGCAACUAGGCACCAGGUUGGAUAAUCUCCAGCAGGAGGUCUCUGCUGAAGCUCGCACAACCAACGACAAGAUGGAUGAAAUACAACUGGAAGCCCGGACUGCCUAUGAACAAGUGGCACAGCUGAGCGACACAAUGGCGAGAGGUGAACAAGAUACAACUGCAGCAUGUGAACGCAUAGUGGAAAUGCAAAACCAGACCAACACAACUGUCCGUCAACUACAGGAGCAAAGUGCUACAACCUCCACAAGCAUUGGACAACUACUGGAGCAAAGUGCUACAAGUACCACCAAUAUUGGUCAACUGCAACAGCACCAGCAAGACACUAGUGAUAAGCUUUCAUGUGUCUCAGCAGCUGUUACCACCAUUCAACAAGGUGAACAAGAUACAACUGCAGCAUGUGAACGCAUAGUGGAAAUGCAAAACCAGACCAACACAACUGUCCACCAACUGCAGGAGCAAAGUGCUACAACCUCCACAAGCAUUGGACAACUACUGGAGCACCAGCAAGACACUAGUGAUAAGCUUUCACGUGUCUCAGCAGCUGUUACCACCAUUCAACAAGUUCAAACUGCCAUGCGCAGUGACCUGGACGGAAAAAUCAGACUUACUGCUGUAUCAGCUGCCGUGGAAGGCCAGAUCAGGGUUGCAACACAAAAUCACUAUAGGUCUAUUCGUGAUACCUCUACAUCAUUUGGUAGCUACGGUAAUGACAGGGUGCAGUUCGAACAUCCACGUGGUAUCACAAUGAGCAACGAUGGAAAGGUCUUUAUUGCUGAUUCUGGCAAUCAUCGGGUGAAGGUCACCACACUGGAUGGUACAUACAUACGUGAUAUAGGCAAACAGGGCAGUGGUAAUGCUGAAUUCAACCUCCCCACUGAUGUAGCUGUGGAUGACGAUGGUGAUCUUGUGGUGGUUGACAACAAAAACAAGAGACUGCAGGUCCUACAUCAGGAUGGGUCUUACGUGAAAACGAUUGGUAACGGUGCUAUCGGUAACUCGUUUGUUGUUGCAGCACUGUCUCUGCCCCAGCAUGGUAUUUGUUAUGCUGUAAUCGAUUACACUAACGGUUGUGUGAGAGUGUUUGAGAAAGGAGGAAGGCAGUUGAACAAGUUUGGUACUAAAGGAAGUGGACCAGGACAGUUCAACCAACUAUGGGGUAUUAUCUCGUCCAACGGCAGAUUGCUGGUUGUGGAUUCCAGCAACCACCGUAUCCAGGUUUUCACUACUGAU